AUGACGGCUAACAAGCCAGUUGAUGAUUUUAUCAUCAUUGGACUCGACUUCGGGACAACGUAUUCGGGAAUUGCUUGGGCGUAUUCUAGAGAACCGGAAGAGAUCGAACUUGUUACAAGCUGGGAUUCUGAGUUGAACCGUUGUUCUGACGUCGAGAAAGCCCCUACUCAGUUGCUCUACGACAACAAUAAAGGCACGUCCUGGGGCUACUCAAUCCCCGCCAGUGAAGAUGCCCUGAAGUGGUUCAAGCUUCUAUUGCUCGAUAAUGAGGAUGUUCCCAUCAGUGUUUCAAGGUCCUCCCAGCUCCGUCAUGCCCGGGAACUUCUGGAUAAGAUGAAGAAGGAUCCGGUGGAGGUCAUCGCUUGCUAUUUGCGAAAGCUCUGGAAUCAUGCAAUUGACUCUAUUCAACGAACUGUUGGAGUUGAGCUACUGAAAAAGUCACCAUUUCACGUUGUGAUUACCCUGCCAGCAAUCUGGCCCCCUUACGCUCAGCAGCGCAUGAAGCAGGCUGCCAAAACCUCAGGUAUUCUCGAUGCUAGAUCAUGCGGUGAGACCAAACUUCGUUUCAUCUCAGAGCCGGAGGCUGCAGCCCUAGCUACCAUCAAGGAUCUUUCGAAGAGGUCAACUAUGAAGAUUGGGGAUACAAUGGUUAUUUGUGAUGCUGGAGGGGGAACCGUAGAUUUGAUCAGCUAUCAGAUCGAAUCCAUCUCGCCAUUCGUGGUCAAAGAGUGUGUCAAAGGCGACGCUCAUCUCUUAGGGGGACUCUGCGGAGGCGUUUUUCUUGAUGAAAAGUUUCUGAAGCUCGUCAAACGAAAGCUCACGCCUGGGUCAUGGCACAGCGUCAGCUCUGUCGAGGAGAAAAAGUUCUUGAACGAGUGGUGGGAGCAUGGAAUCAAGCCUCAGUUCUCUAACCAGAAUAGGGACUGGGUCGUGGACUUACCUGACAGUUGUGAUGCCACGAGCUCAAGCGGAAAGCUCAAACGGCGAAAGACGCUUGAGCUUAGCUCAAGCGACAUUCUGUCUGCAUACACUCCCAUCGUCGACAAGAUUGUGGCACUUGUGCGUCAACAGACUAAGGCUGUUGAGGUAAAGCUUGGAAAGUCAGCAAAGUACAUCAUUCUUGUCGGUGGCUUCGGUCGUAGCUCCUAUCUGUACAGCAAGCUUCAGUCUGCCUUUUUUGAGAGCACAGUUCUACAGUCACGCGGGAACAAGCCAUGGUCAGCUAUCUGUCGCGGUGCUGUAGUUCACGGCAUUACAAACCACGGCCUCUCAGCAACCCUAGGUGUGACAGUAGGCGCACGGGUGGCUCGAAACAGCUAUGGAGUGAGGUUCGGAUGCAAGUUUGAUCCCCAGAAGCAUCGGCAAUGUGACAAACAUUGGUCGGAACAACGUCAGGAGUGGAGAGCUGGCAACCAGAUGGAAUGGUUUCUGCGGGAGGGCGACAAUAUGUUGACUAAGAAGCCAGUCCGACAGAGCUACGAACGACUGUACACUGAGAAGAUUGGGCAGAUCUUUGAGACGAUCCACAUCUCUUCUGAGUUCCCGCCACCCAAAGCUUGGGGACCGGCCGUAGAGAAACUAUGCGAGAUCCGCUGGACACGCAACAUCAGCCUCGAAUCUCUUCCAACAUGGACCAACCCGCUGGGAAAAGUCUAUCACAAACUCAGCUACGAAAUCGAGAUGACCUGCGAGGACGGGACAGUGGACUUCACCCUCUAUCACGAGGGCAAACGCGUCGGUGCUCACAACGUCGAUGUCCAGUUUUGUUAG